AUGAAAUUUUCACAUUCAUUACAGUUUAAUGCUGUUCCAGAAUGGUCUUCAAAAUAUAUAGCAUAUACUACAUUGAAGAAAUUAAUAUAUUCAUUACAAAGGGAUAAUUUAAGAAGGAAGCAUUUAUCAGGUGAUGAUGGAAAUUUUGAUUUGGAGGAGAAUUCUCAUUUAAUAGAUAAUACUUACUCAAGUAUAGGACAAUUAAAUGAUAUUGAUUCAAGUAGUCCUCAAAUAGUGUUUGAAGCUGCCUUAAAUGCGGAAUUGAAAAAAAUAGAUACUUUUUUCAAACAUCAAGAAGAAUUUAUUUUUAAAAGUAUUGAUGAAUUAGUAUUUGAUAUUGAAGUAUUUGAAAAGGAAAUUGAUAGUUCAUUACUUGCUAUGAAAGGUAAUACUAGAUAUAAGCCAAGAAGAGUUAAAAGUAGUCGAAGAUUUUCAGAAACUUCUGGUGAACAAUAUAUUACAAAUACUACCGAUCCUGACACAGAAUUUACCCAAGCGGAAAAUGAUUUUGAUGAUGAUGACGAAGAUGAUGAAGGGGCACAGGAGGAACAUUACGUAGAAGGAUUAGAAAGAGGAUACUCUCCAGUUGAAUCUAGGGGAAGACAAGUGAAAAGAAUGGGAUCAGCACCAAAUAUUCAUCAUGAUGAUUUAGACGGAAAUGGAUUAACUCAAACCAGAUCAAUUGAUGAAUAUCUCAAAUCUACCAAAUCUCCUCGUCUAUGGAAUGAAUUGUCAAAUGUAACCACUUCAGAUAGUAGAGUACCCCCACAAUUGGUUUUGUUGAGUGAAAGUAGAAUUAUACUAAGGAAAAGAACAAUAGGAUUAUUUACAACAUUAUCAGAAUUAAAAUCAUAUAUCGAAUUGAAUUAUACAGGUUUCAAAAAAGCUUUGAAAAAAUUUGAUAAAUCUUUAAACACAAAUAUAAAAGAUCAAUAUUUAGAUACCCUACCUUCAAAAUCAUAUAUUUUUAAAAAUUCAACAAUGCAGAAAGUUAAUGAUAGAUUAGAUGCAUUAAUCAAAAUAUAUGCAUUGAUAUGUAAUCAUGGAGAUGAUUUAGAAACAGCAAAGUCAGAAUUAUCAAUUCAUUUGAGAGAACAUGUUGUUUGGGAAAGAAAUACAGUAUGGAGAGAUAUGAUUGGAUUAGAAAGAAAAUCUCAUGCAGCAAAUUCAAAACUAAUCGAUCAAAGAGAAAGAAUUAAUAAUGAUGACAAAGAAGCAGAUUUAAAAUCAAGUGGGAACAAAGUAAUAAGUUUUAAUGUUUCAAUAAGUAAUCCAACACUUUUGAAAUUGAUUUGUAUCAUAACAAUAACUGUGCUAUUGUUGUUCUUCUCGCCAUUUAAAGACAAACCUCAAAGAAACUGUUUUGCAAUGUUAAUAUGCGCUUCAUUGUUGUGGGCUACUGAAGCAAUACCGUUAUUCGUCACGUCAUUGUUAUUGCCAUUAUUAAUAGUCAUUUUUAAUAUCAUCAAAAAUGAUGAUGGUUCAGUCAUGGAUUCAGUGAAUGCAUCCAAAUAUAUUUUAAGUCAAAUGUGGAAUUCUGUGAUUUUGUUAUUAUUAGGUGGUUUCACUUUGGCUGCAGCUUUGUCAAAGUAUCAUAUAGCAAAGCUAAUAUCCACUUGGAUUUUAUCAAAAGCUGGUACUAAUCCAUCAGUUGUCUUAUUAACAAUUAUGGGAGUAGCAUUAUUUUCGUCAGCAUUUUUAUCAAACGUGGCUGCGCCUGUAAUGUGUUUGAGUUUAAUUACACCAUUGAUUCGUACUUUGCCUAAAGGUUCGCAAUUCAUCAAAGCAUUAAUUUUAGGGAUUGCAUUAGCAUCGAAUGUUGGAGGAAUGGCAAGUCCCAUUGCUUCACCUCAAAAUAUGAUUGCAAUCGGAAGUAUGGAACCUCAACCCUCAUGGGGUCAAUGGUUUGUUAUUGCUGUACCCGUUUGUAUAUUAUCCUUAUUAUUAAUCUGGAUAUUCUUAUUAAUUACAUUUAAUUGUAAUGCUAAAAACACUCAUUUAGUACCAAUAAGAACAAUUGAUGAUAAAUUUACCAGCAUUCAAUGGUUUAUUGUUACUGUGUCAUUAGGAACGAUAUUAUUAUGGUGUAUUGCUUCAAAGAUUACAUUUGUAUUUGGCGAAAUGGGUAUAAUUUCAUUGAUUCCAAUUAUUUUAUUUUUUGGUUCAGGUUUAUUAACAACUGAAGACUUUAAUAAUUAUCCUUGGAAUAUUGUGGUUUUAGCUAUGGGAGGUACAGCGCUAGGUAAAGCAGUUGCAUCAAGUGGAUUGUUGACUACCAUUGCAGUUGAAAUUCAAAGACAAGUUGAAGAUUUCUCAUUAUUUGGGGUUACAUUAACUUUUGGUUUAUUAAUCUUAAUUAUGGCUACGUUUGUAAGUCAUACAGUAGCAGCAUUAAUUAUAAUACCGUUGGUUCAAGAGAUUGGUAAUAAUAUGCCUGAACCUCAUCCAAGAUUAUUAAUUAUGGCAAGUGCAUUAUUAUGUUCAGCUGCUAUGGGUUUACCUACAUCUGGCUUUCCGAACGUUACUGCCAUUUGUAUGACUGAUGAAUUUGGUAAACCAUAUUUGACAGUAGGUACAUUUAUUACAAGAGGUGUUCCGAGUUCAUUUAUAGCAUAUGCUAUGAUUGUAACGAUUGGAUAUGCAACUAUGAGAAUCAUCAAUUUUUAG